AUAUCAUCUCAAAAUCCUACUACUGCACAACUUCUUUUCCUCAUUUAAUUUCCACAAAACAUACCAGUGAGCUCUCCAUAAAUUCUCCCAAAUCACACUAUUAAAUUUCCCCUAGCAAUGAGUCCCCUCUACACAUUAUUCCUCCUCUUUCUGAUACUCUCAGCCACUGUCAAUGCUGAAGCCAAGAAGCACAGACAAAACCGCAUGAAAGUGCAACAAUUUCUAGGCCCGCAAAAUGCUGCACGAUAUGCAUUGCGAAUGAGCCCCUUAAAAUGGGAUCCGAAACUCGCACGUUACGCGCAACGCUACGCUAACCAGCGUCGCAAGGACUGUGCAUUGAAGCAUUCGAAUGGCAUUUAUGGCGAGAAUAUUUUUUGGGGUAGCGGUAAGGGCUGGUCCCCUGUCCAGGCCGCCACCGCAUGGGUGGAAGAGCGUAAAUGGUACGACCAUAAUUCAAAUUCGUGCGGGCUUGGCCAGGAAUGCGGGCAUUAUACUCAGGUUGUGUGGCGCACAACCAGGAGAGUAGGGUGUGCUAAGGUGAAUUGUUCUGGUGGCAAAGGUGUUUUCAUGACUUGUAAUUAUUAUCCUCCUGGAAAUUACAUUGGUGAGAGGCCUUACUGAUUUUUACUAUACUAAAAACCUAAAAUAGUUGUGUCAAGUGUAAUGUAUAUUGGGGAUGUUAAAUUUGUUGUACUAGUAAAUUUUUGAGUAUGGUUUGUAAUUAUAGUUACGGUUUGGUCAUAGCAUAUUAAUGAUGACUUUACUACUGGCUUGCAUAUGUACUCUCUGUAAAGCAAUAAUAAAUGUUUUGCACAAGAAAAGCUCAAUAAUGUAACUCGUUUAGAAUA